UGACAGGAAUAUUUCAUGGUUUCAGCGUAUUUCUUAAUCUGGUCUUGCUUUUCUGUGUCAAUAAAGUCUUCUCCUUUGCAUCAAAGGAGUGAACAGAACAAGCGUUGAAAAAUGGAGAAAGGGGAGAGCCAGAUGCUAGUCCCAAGAGUGAAACUGGGUACCCAAGGCUUAGAGGUUUCUAGGUUGGGCUUUGGAUGUGGAGGAUUAUCUGGAAUUUAUAAUGCCCCCCUCUCGCAUGAUGAAGGAUGUUCAAUAAUUAAGGAAGUAUUCCAUAAGGGUGUUACCUUCUUUGAUACAUCGGAUCUUUAUGGUCAUAAUCAUGAUAAUGAAAUCAUGGUUGGUAAGGCUUUAAAACAACUUCCACGAGAAAAAGUUCAACUGGCUACAAAAUUUGGUGUUGUUAAUUCUGGUGGGAUGGUUUUUGAGAUAAAAGGUACCCCUGAAUACGUGCGGGUGUGCUGUGAAGCUAGUCUUAAGCGGCUUAAUGUCCAAUAUAUUGAUUUAUACUAUCAACAUCGAGUUGACACUUCAGUGCCAAUUGAAGACACCAUGGGAGAGCUCAAACAGCUGGUAAAUGAAGGAAAGAUAAAAUAUAUUGGGUUGUCAGAGGCUAAUGCUGACACUAUAAGGAGAGCACAUGCUGUUCAUCCCAUUACUGCCUUGCAAAUGGAGUAUUCCUUAUGGACCCGUGACAUUGAAGAAGAAAUAAUUCCACUUUGCAGAGAACUGGGAAUUGGAAUAGUGGCAUAUAGCCCUCUUGGUCGUGGAUUCUUUGCUGGAAAGGCAGUGGUUGAGAACUUGCCUAGUCAGAGCUUGCUGGCUAUGCAUCCGAGGUUCAGUGGAGAAAAUUUGGAGAAGAACAAACUAUUCUAUAAACGACUUGAUGACUUGGCUUCUAAGCAUGCAUGCACUCCUUCUCAAUUAGCCUUAGCUUGGCUUCUACAUCAGGGAAAUGACAUAAUCCCUAUCCCUGGGACUACUAAACUAAGGAACUUUGAAAACAACAUGGGAUCUCUGAUCGUGAAGCUUACAGAUGAAGAUUUGAGGGAAAUUUCUGAAGCAGUUCCUGUUUAUGAAGUUGCUGGGAAACGAGAAUAUGAUACUUUAUCAAACUAUACUUGGAAGUUUGCAACUACACCCCCAAAGUAAUUGUGAGAAGAACCGUGCAAGUCUAUAAUGAAACAAUGUUGUGUUUGUGUUCGACCAUCAUGCUUAUCACAGUAAAAUAACCACUGCGAUUCUCCUAGAGAAAAAAGACUGAGAAAU